AUGACGGCAGCAGAUUUUGGGCACAUCCCCAUAGAAGAAUGGCAAAAGAAAAGAGAUGAGUUGGAGAGAGCUGCCCGUAACGCGGAGCAGCCUGCUUCGGCGGAAGUCGGACAGCUGUACAGCAAUAUUGCUGGGGCGCUGGAGACUUGUGAUCGGGAAGCCAAGCAGUUACUGCUCAAGAUUGAGUGUCUACGGCCUCUGGCCCAGUCGAUAAUACUCAAACAGCCGUUGAUGCCUUCUACUGUCAAAAUACGGAAGCCCAUCUCAUAUCGACCUCUUGGAAACGGGGACAGCCGCCUGCCCAGCGAAAUACUGAUGUCAUGUGCCGAAAGCAUUGCUGUCGCGGUGGUGGAUGAGUGUAGGACAGUUAGAGAGUUAUAUAGAGUGUUGCUGUUGAGGUUCUGCCGCAGAUGUCCGGGAGAUGACUCGUCCCUGAUCGAAAUGGUAUGUCGCAGUGACGAUGAAUGGCUUGACGUCAAUCGAGCGGCAGCCGCCCUCUAUUUCCUGAGGUCCGUCGUAGCCGAGCUCGCACAGACUGAUGUCAAAACCGCGUCCUAUGCUUUUGCACUGGCUAGGCUUUUGUUAAAUGAAGUCUCAUUCAAAGACAGUCUGGAAAAGCAUAAGGCCGUCCACCAUGCUUGCAAUAAGCUCAAAGACGCAACUAACAAUGCAAUAACGGACUACAGGACAGAUAUACUACAAGAUCUAAGUAGGGUUGGCAUUCUUGUACGAACUGUUCUCCCCUGCGUCCCUUCUUCCACCCUCUCCUCUGAUACCGAUACAGCUAAGGGUUCCUAUCAAAUUGUCUUACCGACUAUCCACGUAAACCGAGGUUUGAUCCAGCGGUCGAUCUCCCUAAUGUCUCAGGCCGCUAAAGAUGAACAAGAUUCGAACGCCGCCGCACCAGGUGGCUUCUCUAUUAAUCUGAUCAAACAAUCUGGAAACAGUAUUCUCACCAGAGGAACGUCGAGUGAAGCAGUAGCUUCUCUGGUCGGCAAGCUAGCUGCUUGGGGACGGCGCACGCGUAAGUAG